GGAAACAAAAAGGGAAUUACGAAAUUUCUUCUUUGGAUUAAUUUAAUUACCCUUUUUCAUUUUCGUGCAUUGCGGCGUUGACUUUGUUUUUCUCUUUCAGCUCAGUUUCAGAUCCCGACACCCAAACCCAGAACCUGAAAUUUUCGGUUGCCUUUCGAAAUUUGCUUCUAUGGGUGACGAUGAAGAUAAGCUGCCACCGUCGUCGGUGCCGUCGCCGUUGAAAUCUAAAGCUUUUCCGUUGCGGCCCACUAUUAAUCUCCCGCCACGGACCUCUAUGGAGUCGCUCUUAAGCGGUGGGCCGGGUUUGGGACUCGGGUUUAGCCCAGGGCCCAUGACCCUUGUCUCGAGCUUCUUCUCCGAUUCCGAUGACUGCAAGUCUUUUUCUCAGCUCCUCGCCGGCGCUAUGACGUCGCCGGUGGCUGUUCCUCCGACGGCGUCCGAGCUCAAGGACUCUGCUGGUCUGCCCGAUUCUCCGGGGCUUUUCUCGCCUGAUCAGGGAACUUUUGGAUUGACCCAUCAGCAGGCUUUGGCUCAGGUUACCAUGCAGGCUGUAGAAGCCUAUUCUCAUAAGCAAAUACAAGCACACUCAGUAGCAGGCUCUGCAGCCUCCUCAAAGCUUUUGACCGUAUUUCCGAGCGAGAAGGCUAAAGAUCAGCCAGUGCCACUUCAAUUGCUGAACUCUGCUGUCGUGUCGAAGGAGUCGUCCGAUAUCUCUCAAUCCGAUCAGAGAUCGGUAUCUUCUUCGUGUAAUGUCGAUAGGCCUGCUGAUGAUGGGUACAAUUGGAGGAAAUAUGGGCAGAAACAAGUGAAGGGCAGUGAAUUUCCUCGAAGCUACUACAAGUGCACGUACCUGAAUUGUCCUGUCAAGAAAAAGGUCGAACGAUCUCUGGAAGGCCACGUUACUGAAAUUAUUUAUAAGGGUGAACACAACCACGAACGACCUCAACCGAACAAGCGUGCAAAGGAUGUUGGAAAUUCUAAUGGAUAUUCAAGUGUUCAUGGAAACACUGACCUAUAUUCUCAAGUAAAGAGUGGAUAUUUGAAUAAGUUGAAUGAGCAGUCAGCUGUGUCUUCCGUUGUGAAGAAGGAUCGAGAAUCGAACCUCGUUACACAUGGACAGUCGUUGGAUGCUAGUGACAGUGAGGGAGGGGGUGAGGUAGAAACUGGACCGAAUAGAAACGAUGAAGACGAACCGGAUGCCAAGAGACGGAACACCGAGGCUCGGAUCGAGCCAGUGUCUUCUCAUAGGACGCUCACGGAAUCCCGAAUCAUUGUGCAGACUACAAGUGAAGUCGAUUUGUUGGACGAUGGCUACCGGUGGCGAAAGUAUGGGCAGAAAACGGUUAAAGGCAACCCUUACCCCAGGAGCUAUUACAAAUGCACGACUCACGGAUGCAAUGUUCGUAAACACGUCGAGAGAGCUUCAACAGACCAGAAAGCUGUGAUAACGACGUACGAGGGCAAACACAAUCACGACGUUCCAGCUGGUAAAAUCAGCAGCCACGGUACAGCCAACAGUAACGUUCCUCGCCUAAAAUCACAAAAUAUAGGUACUGAGAAAGACUCCUAGUGUUAAAGAAAGAACAAAUAACAGUCUGUUUGUUCUAUAUUUCCCACUUCCUAAGCCAUACUUUAAAUCAAGAUAUACCAUUUUGUUAAUAUAGAGUUAAAAGGAAAUGAAACAUAUUGUAUCAAAUUUUACUGUUGCAUUCUUUUGUAAAUGAGAAUACACAUAAAUGAUUCUAUGUUAUUUACUUUUGAUUGUGAUA